UAGUGGGUGUGGGGGCACAGGCACCCACCCACGCCUAGGCGGCGGCUAAUAUGUUAUCGAGUGGAUAAGGAGAAAUAGUUGAAAGAGAAUGGUAUCGAAGGAGGAAUUUCUUCAUCUCUUUGAUCGCUUUGCUCUCCUCAUUUGCCAACCUGAUGUCAAGCAAAGGAUUGUGGAUGCUCUCAAUCACAAACAGGAAGCUGUUGCUAUUACAACUGCUAUCCAAGAGGAGAUAUUUUCAGAGAUAGGAAUUGAUCCACAACUUGGUCUUGCUUGCUUGGGAAAAAUAAACAUGACCUAUGAGAGUGAUCGAGACCUGAUGAUUCGUUUUUACGAAUUUGUUGCAAAAGAAGAAAUGGCUUGUGAAGAGGCCGAGCUUGGGCCGGAAAGGUUUGCUGAAAGAUUAAGAAUGCAACAGAAUUUACAAGAGCAGCAACUGGAGAUGCUGAAGUACAUGCGCAGCUUUCACAUGGAUGAUCAGUCUGCAAUACUUGAGAAGAUUCACCAGCAGUCGAAUAAGGCUAACUUUGAGACUGGAGCUUCUGUGCUGACAGUGGAGCAGAUGCAGGAUGUUGUUCGACGGAGAGUAUCACCUUUGUUCCAGCCUAGAUAAUUGGAGGGAGCUCUCUUGGAGUUACUAAUUUCAUACUGGCUGCAAACUGGGGAAGCUGAGGCUCUAGUUUCAGUUUUUUACUUGGAAGUAACCUGACAUUUACUUAAUUUCGUUUGUAUUUGAAAGUCCAUCUGGAUGUGGUGUAAGCUGAAUUGUAGAGCGGUACAACGGUUUCAAUUGGACUUUUGUUGUAUUUGAAAGUCCAGCAGGUGGACUGUUUCCAUUCUCAAUUUCUGCAUCUUCUGUCUCCACACUGAUUGAAGUAUCAUCGCUUUCACUCAA